AUGAAGAAGAGGGACAACAUUGAUAUGGAAUCUGUUACCACAGCAACUAAACCUAAACCCUCAAGGAAAGCCAAAACAGUGACUACCUUUGACAUGCUGGCAGCUUUAGAAGAUGACAACGACAUGCUUCAGUUCAGUCAGAAGCGUCAACAAGUAAGAAAAGGAAAAAAAAAGAAAGAGAAGAGCAAGAAGGCUGCAACAGAAGACGAAGACAUUGAGGCUAUAUUGGCAGCUCUGGAACAGCCAAAGGAAAAAACAAGUAAGAAGAGUAAGAAAGAGAAAAAACAGGCAGAGAUGGAGGAGGCUGAAAAUCAAACCGAGGAGCAGGUAGUCACAGAAGGCGGUGUGACAGAACCGACAGAGCCCAAGGUGGUCACCAUGGAGGAUUUAGAUGAUGAUGAAGACACGAAGAAAAGGAAAAAGAAAGGGAAGAAAAAGGAAAAGAAAGAAACUGCUGAGGAUGAAGUAGAGGAAGGUGAGGGUGAAGAAGGCGAACACACUGUCAAAACAGCCGCACAAAAGAAGAAAGAAAAAAAAGAAAGGGAAAAGAAGAAAAAAGAGCAGCAACGCCUACAGGGCAAGAAGAAAGAGGGCACACCAGCGUCUGACACAACAGAGGAAACCAAAAUGGAGGAAGCAGUUCCUGAUGCAGAAGAAGGUGUUGAGAAAGAUAAUGAUGAAGAGAAAGCUGAUGGGAAAAGUAAAAAGAAGGGGAAAGAAGAGAAAGAUACCAAGAAAAAAGGACCUUCAAAACAGAUUGCUGCGCUGAAGGAGCAUCUUAAGAAAGUGAAGGAGGAUGAAGAGAGGAUGAGACUAGAGGAGGAGGAGAAGGAGAGGAAACGAGAAGAGGCGAGGCUUCAGCGUGAAGAACAGAAACGACUAGAAGAAGAGCGGAAAUUAAAAAAGAAACAGAAGGAAAAGGAGAGGGUGGAGAGGUUAAAAGCAGAAGGAAAGUUCCUCACAGCUAAACAAAAACAGGACAAAAAACGAGCCCUGCAGAUGUUAGAACUGAUGAAGGCUCAAGGUCUGGACAUUCCAAACAAAGAUGAGGUGCCAAAAAAGAGGCCAGUUUAUAAUAAAAAGAAGAAGUCAACCCAAAGACAAGGAUCUCAAGAGGAGCCAGAGAAGUCUCCCUCUCCUGUUGAUGAGGAAGAAAAGGAGUCUAGUCCAGAGACGCCAACAGGCGAGGAAGACAAAGCGCUUACUGUGGAGCUGACGGUCAAUGAAGAGGUGAAGAAAGAGGUGGAGGAAGAGGUGAAGGACUCUUGGGACAUCAGUGACGAUGAGGGUGAACAAGAAGAUGAUGCCAUGGAAGUCCAACCUACAAAGACGUCCAAAAAGACAGCAGUAUCUAUCAAAGCCCAGGAGAAGUCCAAACCAGUGGAGAAAGAGGAUGAGGAAUCUGAUGAAGAAAGCGAAACAGAUGAAGACGACGAAGAUGAGGAGGAGGAGGAAGAAUCCAGUGAGGAGUCCAGUGAAGAAAGCAGCGAUGAUGACAUGGACGUAAUAGAACGGGCCAGAAUAAAGAUUGAGAAACGCAAGGAAGCAGCCGAGAAAAAGCGUACUACCGAUAAUUUGAGAGCCCCCGUUGUUUGUGUAUUAGGUCAUGUGGACACGGGAAAGACUAAAAUUCUGGACAAGUUAAGAAGAACUAACGUGCAGGAUGGAGAAGCAGGGGGGAUAACUCAGCAAAUUGGUGCCACAAAUGUCCCUAAAGAAGCUAUUCAGGACAAAACCACGAUGUGUAAAGAGUUCCAUAAGUCUGAGCUGAAGUUACCGGGCUUGCUCAUCAUAGAUACACCUGGCCACGAGUCUUUCAGUAACCUCAGAAGCCGUGGCUCCUCUCUCUGUGAUAUCGCUAUCCUGGUCGUGGACAUCAUGCAUGGCCUGGAACCUCAGACAAUAGAAUCUAUCAACUUAUUAAAGUCACGGAAAACGCCUUUUGUUGUUGCAUUGAAUAAGAUUGACCGACUAUAUCAGUGGAAACCAAAUCCUAACUCUGAUGUUGUGAAUACACUGAAGAAACAACAUCCAAAUACAAAAUUAGAAUUUGAUGAGAGAACAAGAGAAAUCAUUGUGCAGUUUGCGGAGCAGAGCUUGAAUGCGGCCUUGUUCCAUGAAAACCGUAACCUACGAGAAUACGUGUCCUUAGUGCCGACAUCUGCACACAGUGGGGACGGCAUGGGCAACUUGGUUGCUCUUAUCUGUGAAUUGUCUCAAGAUCUCUUAGCCAAGCGGGUGUCCUACAGCGAAGAACUCCAGGCAACUGUCAUGGAAGUUAAAGCCAUCCAUGGCCUUGGUACAACUAUAGAUGUUAUAUUGGUCAAUGGAAGAAUUCGGGAGGGGGAGACUAUUGUGACGGCGGGAACUGACGGACCAAUCGUAACACAGAUCAGAGGGCUUCUUAUGCCGCAGCCAAUGAAGGAGCUCAGAGUCAAAAACCAGUAUGAGAAACAUAAAGAAGUGGUUGCAGCUCAGGGUGUGAAGUUGAUUGCCAAAGAUUUGGAGAAGGCUCUUGCCGGUUUACCCCUUUAUGUAGCUCAUGAUUCUGAUGAAGUGGAGUUCUACAAGGCUGAGGUAUCACGUGUGUUCAAGGAUGUCCUCAGUUCCAUCAAGCUCCAGGAGAGAGGUGUGUUUGUCCAGGCAUCCACACUUGGCUCUCUCGAGGCUCUGUUGGAAUUCCUCAGGACAUCAAAGAUUCCUUAUGCUGGUAUAGGAAUUGGUCCAGUUCACAAGAAGGAUAUAAUGAAAGCAUCUAUAAUGUUGGAACAUGAUAACCAGUAUGCUGUGAUUCUAGCCUUUGACGUGAAGGUAGAGAGGGAAGCCCAGGAACUGGCGGACAGUCUUGGUGUGAGGAUAUUCUCUGCUGACAUUAUCUACCAUUUGUUUGAUAAAUUCAUGGCCUACAGAGAUGAACUUAAGAAGAAGAAACAAGAGGAGUUCAAACACAUAGCAGUCUUCCCAUGUAAAUUACGUAUACUUCCUCAGUACAUCUUCAACACUCGUGACCCUAUUGUUGUGGGUGUGAUCGUAGAAGCAGGCUUCGUGAAGGAGGGUACACCUCUGUGUGUCCCCAGUAAAGAGUUUGUGGAGAUUGGUCGUGUGGCAAGUGUGGAGUUUAACCACAAGCAGAUUGACUGCGCUCGAAAAGGACAGGAAGUCUGUGUGAAGAUAGAACCUAUUCCAGGAGAGACUCCCAAACUGUAUGGCCGCCAUUUUGAUGCUACAGAUCUGCUAGUCAGCAAAAUAACACGUCAGUCUAUCGAUGUUGUGAAGGAGUACUUCAGAGAUGAGAUGUCAAAACCUGACUGGCAGCUUAUCAUGGAACUGAAGAAAAUGUUCCAGAUAAUUUAAUGCUCUAUUUUUUUGAAUGAAGAUUUGUGCUUACUGACUUCAUGCACUUUUGUGCUAUGUUCCUGCAGAUAAAUUAGAUUGUAAAUUAUUGUGUGAGGUCAAGAGGUCAUAGAUCAUGUAAAUUAUAUCCUGAAAAUGAGGUCCUGAAAAUGGAGCAAAGAGAAAUUGACUCCAUUAAGACAAGACAAACCAUCAGUCUGCGCUAUCUAUUCAUACUUGUUUGAGAUAAAUAGAUAAUCUUCAUACAAAAAAAAAGUUAAAACUUAACAUCAUGCAGGGUUUGUCAGAGAUGUCCAAAAAUUCAAGGUUUUUGUAUAAAAAAAUUUUAUCAGAACAUUGUUCAUGGUUAUACAUGUUAAUUCCUGGCACAGUCACACAGUUCAACAGUUUUUAGAAGUUGGAUUAAAUUGCGUUAAGUAAUCAGCCCUUUUUAUCUGACACAUUGUUGUGUUAGUGCACUUGGUUGUUUGUAGGCAAUCAUGAACCCAUUUAGAGGUUUGCUACUCUCCUUAAUAACUUUAUUAAACUAUUUUCCAUGUAAUGUUUUGAGAGCUGUUAUGUUGAAGUACACACUGUGUACUGUCGUGGACUGUAACUGUGUCCUUAGCUAAUUAGGUUGCCACUAUAUAACACAUAUACAGUUGUAAUAAAAUAUGUGGACAUGUAUGUUUAAGAAUGACCACUGUGAUAAUGUGUUGCUCUUUCUGAAACAUAAAGAAUUUCUCCGUUUUAGAGAGACUGUGGAAUGACAAGAUCGUUUGCCUAACCCUCCCAAGUACAUGGUAUUUUUUCUUCUUAAUUUUUCCAUGAUUACUCUGCUGAAGAUGUGACACCAACCUUUCUCAUUAAUUUUGCGCCAGUCUUAGUUAUUUGGAGAUAAUUUUUUUAAGAAGUGUAACUUUUACAGAGAAAGCUUGGUUCAAAAGAGCAGUGACCAGAGUAUGCCGGGUUGGCUAUGCUCAUAACUGAUGAACUGACCAUCAGUUAUGACUUUCCAAAGUGAUCAAGACUCAUCAGUGCUUAUUUAUUGAUGAAACGAGUCUGUUAUUCAUCCCAUUUUAUUUUAAGUCGAAGAGUUCUUGUCUGGAUCAGAUAGUCAAAACUACUGCACCUGACCUGUUGUUAACCCAACGAAGCGAAACUAUUAUGUUGGAGCUGUAAUAAUGUAAAACUGUCAUGUACUGUUUGUAAGUAAGCUAAAUGUUGCAUUUGCAUGCAAAUGUCAUUAUAGUCAGGGCUGCUGCUUCCCGUGCACUGUGAGUUAAAGUCCAGCUCAUGCUGUUUUCCUCUCUGGCCAGAAGGUCUGCCAGCAACCUGUGGAUGGUUGUGGGUUUCCUGGGCUCGGCCCAGUGUCCACCCAUCAUAAUGCUGGUCGCCGUCGUAUAAGUGAAAUAUUCUUGAGUACGACGUAAAACACCAAUCAGAUUAAUAAAUUCCAGUGCAUUGUUGAAAAUGUGUUCAUGGUGGCUUCUUGUGGCUUCUCUUUGUUAUGCAUAACUUAAUUGUAGUUAACAAUUUUUGUGAGAUUUAAAUCACUACAGUCAAUGGUUUGUAUAUACAUGCUGUUUUAAGGUUAGCUGUUCAUACAGGUGCGUGAAAUGGUUGGUAACAUUCGUUGGUCACUGGCAACAUAAUGUGUUAAAAACUUUUACUGAAUCCAAGAGGUGUUUGUGUACGUUCUAUUUUUGUGAAAUGAGAAAAGUGGAGUUGUGUUAAUUAAAUUGUACAGGACUGAUGGGCUGCCAAAUAUCAAUUUGGUAUCAGUUCAGGAAAGUAUCUGGUGACACUUGUCUCAUUUGUACAAGAGUAAAUUGUAAGUAAUUCAGGUACAGAUUGUAACAUACAACUUGUGGGACAUGUCUAGAUGUGUGAUUCACAGCUCAGAUGUAGGACGUGUCUAGAUGUGUGAUUCGCAGCUCAGAUGUGGGAUAUGCCCAGAUGUGUGAUUCACAGUUCAAAUGUGGGACGUGUGGUUCACCGUGUCAAUGUUGGCUAUGUUCAGAUGUGUUGUCCACAGUUCAGAUGUGUAGUAUAUCCAAAUGGCCAUAUGUGUUAUUCACAGUCCAGAUGUGUUGCAUGGUCAUAUGUGUGAUUCAUAGUCCAGAUGUGUUGCAUGGUCAUAUGUGUGAUUCAUAGUCCAGAUGUGUUGCAUGGUCAUAUGUGUGAUUCACAGUCCAGAUGUGUUGCAUGGUCAUAUGUGUGAUUCACAGUCCAGAUGUGUUGCAUGAUCAUAUGUGUGAUUCAAAGUUUAGAUGUUUUGCAUGGUCAUAUAUGCAAUUCUCAAUACAGAUGUGCUGCAAGUCAAUUUAUGUGAUUCACAGACCAGAUGUGCUACAUGUCAAUUUAUGUGAUUCACAGUCCAGAUGUGCUACAAGUCAGUUUGUGUGAUUCGCAGUCCAGAUGUGCUACAAGUCAAUUUAUGUGAUUCACAGCCCAGAUGUGUUGCAAUUCUGUAUGUAUGAUUCACAGUCCAGAAGAGUUUUAUGCCCAUAUGUAUGAUUAGAAGUGCAGAUGUGAGGCAUGUCCAUAUGUCUUAUUCAGAGUCCAGAUGUGUUGCAAUUCCGAAUGUGUGAUUCACAGUCCGGAAGAGUUUCGUUUCCAUAUGUAUGAUUAGCAAUGCAGAUUUGCGGCAUGUCCAAAUGUGUUAUUCACAGUCCAGAUGUGUUGCAAUUCUGUAUGUGUGAUUCACAGUCCAGAUGUGUUGCAAUUCCGUAUGCAUGAUCCACAGUCCAGAUGUGAUUCAUGUCCAUAUAUGUGAUUCACAGUAUGGAUGUGUUGCAUUCCAAUUUAUGUGAUUCUUAGACCUGAUGUGUUGAAUGUUUAAAUGUGAGAUUCACAGUGUGGAUGUGUUGCAGUCCCAUUUGUGUGAUUCUUAGACCUGAUGUGUUGCAUGGUUAAAUGUGACAUUCACAGUAUAGAUGUGUUGCAUUCCCAUUUGUGUGAUUCUUAGGCCUGAUGUGUUGCAUGUUUGAAUGUGUGAUUUACAGUAUGGAUGUUUUGCAUUCCCAGCUGUGUGACUCUUAGGCCUGAUGUGUUGCAUGGUUAAAUGUGACAUUCACAGUAUAGAUGUGUUGCAGUCCCAUUUGUGUGAUUCUUAGACCUGAUGUGUUGUUGCAUGUUUAAAUGUGUGAUUCACAGUAUGGAUGUGUUGCAUUCCCAUUUGUAUGACUCUUAGGCCUGAUGUGUUGCAAUGUGUGAUUCAUAGUGGAGAUGGUGCUGCAUUCCCAGCUGUGUGAUUAAGAGUGCAGAUGUGUUACAUAUGUCCAUGUGUGGGAUUCACAGUCCAGAUGUUUUGCAUGUCCAGAUGUGUUGUCCACAGUACGGAUAUGUAGGUUUAUUCUGACGUUUGAUUCAAAUUGUGGAUGUAAACGCCCAAAUGUCUAAUUCACAGUGUGUAUGGUGGGUGGUUAGCAUUACAGGUGUGCCGUAUAUCCAGAUGUUUGUUACAGUACAAAUGUGUGACAUACGCAGAUGUGUAAUUCACAGUCUGUGAUUAACAUAACCUGAACUAGCCUUAUUAAGGGGAUUUAGUGUUGGUUUAUACAGCGGUUUGGACCAUGGCCAGGGCUUACAGGCCUCGGACUACUCUCAUUGAUAACUAAUCUCCUUCAUGACCCAUGCACAGUUUAAGUGGUUGUAAUUACAGGACGUACGUCCCUUGUGAAUAAUAACUUGACACGAGCAGCACAAUAACUGUUCUAGCCACAAUUUGUAAGCCUUAAAUCUGCGGCCGGCAUUUACCGCCAAAGGUCAACAUUUAUAGGCCACAGUGGUCGUGUGCCAAACACGGGCAAGGGAAAUGGUAGGUAAGAAGUUCAUGUGAUUGACGAGUACUCCAGCUGAGUGUAUCAAGUUCCAUUACCUGCCACCUGUAACUUUUCAAAAGACUCCAAUUGCUAACAGAUUCUGUUUAUAGAAAAAAAUGUUCUUUGAUUUCAUUUCCCUCGAAAACAUCUAAUAUGGACAACAGUUGUGUAACAAGCCGUGCAUGUAUUUUAUGAAGGUUUCUGAAAUUAACUGUACAUACGUUUCCGGCGCGGCAAACAUGAACGGUUAUACCGUAUCCGGACCACUUACUAAUUGUAUUCCAUAGUUAAUAAUAAUAAUCUGUUAAAUUUAACACAAAGUCUUUUGUCUGAGAGCUGCUGGAAUGAAUUUUUUUGAUUCAGCAGAUUAUUCCUUUAAAUUUGGAAAACCUGUUUUAUUAUUUUAAAAUAAAGAUUGUGUUAGAAUACAAGGUAUUAUGCUGAAUAGGACACAUUGCUUGGUUAUAACAACAAAACACAUUCUAGCAUUAACUCAAGACAGCAGAUUUUCGUUGAAUGAAAAUUGUAUGUAAGAAAUUAGCUCUUGUGUGGAUUUGUAGUUGCUGUGUACAAAAAAGUGCAGAAUCAUUUGUAAAUAGUUCUGAAAUUUAAAAUAAAAAAGAUCAUCAUCUGCGAUUAAUGUAAACGAGUGUGCAUGUCCCAGAUCGCUGUGGGCGCGGCUCCCUCUGUAACAUUGUAUAAAAUGCCUUAUUUUCGGAAUCUGGGUCCUUGUUCAUAUCUUGUUGAAUGAAAGAAAUAAAAGGGCUGUAUGGCAUAACAGAUUUCUCUAGUGUUAUACAUGUUUAUUUGAUUCAUUCCU